UCACGCCCAGAGUAAAGCCAAGCUCAUCUCUGAGACCCGACGAAGGUUCGAAGCCGAGUAUGUGACAGAUAAGCCAGAUAAAUAUGAUUCACGUGAUGUUGAAAGGCUACAACAAGAUGAUAACUGGGUUGAAAGUUACUUAUGUUGGAGACAUGAUGUUGUAGAUGAAACAUUGAAGAUGAUUGAUGAGAGUUUUCAGUGGAGGAAAGAAAUGGCUGUCAACGAUCUGACUGAAGCCUCUAUUCCCAAAUGGUUACUGGAAAUUGGUGGUAUUUAUCUCCAUGGUUAUGACAAAGAAGGCAACAAGUUGUUGUGGAUCAGGGUGAAGUAUCAUGUAAAAGACCAUAAAACCAUAUUGGACAAAAAGAAGCUUAUCGCAUUCUGGUUGGAACGUUACGCUAAAAGAGAAAAUGGAAAACCUAUCACAGUGAUGUUUGACCUGUCAGAAACUGGAAUUAAUAGCAUAGACAUGGAUUUUGUGCGCUUUAUCAUCAACUGCUUUAAGGUUUAUUACCCUAAAUACCUCUCAAAAAUAGUGAUCUUCGAUAUGCCUUGGAUAAUGAACGCUGCUUUCAAAAUUGUGAAAUCCUGGCUCGGUCCAGAAGCAGUGAGUUUGUUGAAGUUUACAAAUAAACAUGAAGUCCAAGACUAUGUCAGUGUAGAAUACCUGCCUUCCCACAUGGGUGGAACUGAUCCUUUCAAGUAUAGCUAUCCACCACUAGUAGAUGAUGACUUCCAGACACCAUUGUGCGAAAAUGGGCCUAUUGCCAGUGAGGAUGAAGCUUCGAGUAAGGAAGAUACAGAAAGUGAUGGCAAAGACAUCUUGGAAACAAUUUUUGGUGAAGAACAAACAGCUCUUCUGAAAAAGAUUAACCUAACUGAAUCUACUUCCAAAGCAGAAGAAAAUGAAAAAGUUGAUUCCAAGACUAAAGCUUUCAAAAAACCAUUGAGUGUAUUUAAAGGGCCCUUAUUACACAUCAGCCCAGCAGAAGAACUGUAUUUUGGAAGUACAGAAUCUGGAGAGAAGAAAACUUUAAUAGUGUUGACAAAUGUAACUAAAAACAUAGUGGCAUUUAAGGUGAGAACAACUGCCCCGGAAAAAUACAGAGUCAAGCCUAGCAACAGCAGCUGUGACCCUGGAGCAACAAUUGAUAUAGUUGUGUCUCCACACGGGGGCUUUGCAGUCUCUGCCCAAGACCGGUUUCUGAUAAUGGCUGCAGAAAUGGAACAGACAUCUGGCACAGGCCCAGCAGAAUUGGCUCAGUUCUGGAAAGAAGUUCCCAGGAACAAAGUGAUGGAGCACAGGUUAAGAUGCCAUAUUGUUGAGAGCAGUAAACCAACCAGUCUUACAUUAAAAGACGGUGCUUUUAACAUGUCAGAUAAAACCAGUGAAGAUAUGUGUCUACAACUCAAUCGUUUACUAGAAAGCAAUAGAAAGCUUGAAGACCAAGUUCAGCGUUGUAUCUGGUUCCAGCAGCUGCUGCUUUCCUUAACAGUGCUCUUGCUUGCUUUUGUCAUCUCUUUCUUCUAUUUGUUGUACAGCCAAAGAAGUGGUGCUUGGUAGGAAACAUGACUCUUUCAUCCAUUAGUUGGAAAAAGUAAAACCCAGAACUUCUCCACCAUGCUACUAACAGUGUCACACAUCUGUGCUUCCUAAAAGGAAAUGUGCAACACUUAAAGGGGAACAGAUACACAUCUUGAAAACAAACUGUUAGAAUAAAGAAACACUUAAGAAAUUGAUGAGAGUAGAGCUGGUUAGUAUAAUAGGUAAAGCAUAUUUGUUGUGUAAAUUAAUAGUUUAGAUAUAACUUAUUUUUUUCUUUUGAUUUUAAUACUUUUAAAGCUUAAGUUUUAUCUUGUGUAUAUGUUAGCAGAACUGAAAAUUAUAACAUGCUUUGUUGCGGCCAAAAGAAUGAAAUCUGAUUUUUUUAUGACAUUAUUAUAGCUGAGCCAACUUAUUAGCUUUUCUAUACUGUAUAUAUAGAACAUGUAUAUUGAAACAAAACAUACAGAGUAAUUUCUGUAAUCAUGACUUUGUAAUUUUGAGAGUUACUUCUGAAGAUGUUAGUCAAUGUUCUUUUGGAAUGUAAAACUACUUAAUGCCAAGCCACCUUUUGCCUUUCUUUUCUGUCUUCCUUAACAGCCUGCAUUUUAUUAGUCUCAGACUUUUUAAAAAUAUAUAUAUAUAUUUUUAAUGAUUUCAGAGAGGGAGGCAGAAGG